CCGCGUGCCUUGAGCUCGCGUGCCUUCGCGAGCUGUCGUUCUGCGGUUCGGUUGCUUCACCGGCUCUGCUCCAUGCGCACGGCUUCGGUCGCACCUGAUAUCGCCAGCUAGUUGGUUCGCCUUCGGGGCUUCAUUCCUUACUUUGACCCCUCGAGCUGCCAUGGCAACGCGGAGUUGUCCUCGGCUGAGCUACUACUACCGGCUGCUCAACCGCACGGUGCUGGCCUUCCAAGACCCCGCGACUGGCCUGAUACCGUCGCAGAAAUACGAGCACCACGCCUGGGUGCGUGACAACGUGUACGCUGUUCUCUCAAUCUGGGCUCUCUCGCUCGCCUACCGCAAGAACACCGAACUCGACGAGGACCGGGCGCGUACCUACGAACUGGAACAGUGCUGCGUCAAGCUGAUGCGAAGUCUGCUCUCGGCCAUGAUGGAGCAGAAAGAGAAACUCGAACGGUUCAAGGAGACUCACAGCCCCACCGACUGUCUGCACGCGAAGUACAACUCAACCAGCAUGGAAACGUGCACGGGUGACGAGGAGUGGGGCCAUCUGCAGCUGGACGCGACGUCCGUCUAUCUCCUCACCCUGGCACAGAUGACCGCCGCCGGCUUGCAGAUCGUGUUCAGCCUCGACGAAGUCGCCUUCGUGCAGAACCUCGUGUUUUACCUCGAGGGCGCCUACUGCAUACCCGACUAUGGAAUGUGGGAGCGAGGCGACAAGACCAACCGCGGCAUACGCGAGCUCAACUCGAGUUCCGUCGGGCUCGCUAAGGCCGCCUUGGAGGCCAUGAGCGAGCUCAACUUGUUCGGGAGCUAUGGCGGCCCGUCGUCCGUGAUCCACGUCCUCUCGGACGAGGCCCAAGAGUGCGACGCCGUGCUGACCUCCAUGCUUCCGCGAGAGUCCAGCUCUAAGGAAGUGGAUGCAGCCCUCGUCACGGUCAUCGGUUUCCCUGCUUUCGCCGUGACCGACCAGGAACUGAUCGAUCUCACCCGUCGCACUAUCGUCGACAAGCUGCAAGGCCAGUACGGCUGCAAACGGUUUUUGCGCGACGGUUACAAGACCGCCCGGGAAGACAAAGGCAGGCUAUACUACGAGGGCUGGGAACUGCAGGGAUUCGAGAACAUCGAGUGCGAGUGGCCGCUGUUUUUCUGCUACUUGGUCAUUGACGCCUGCUUCCGCGGAGACCGCAUUACCAUGGACGAGUACUCCGACAUGUUGGAGAGAGUGACCAUAAAGACCGAGGACGGGAUACGACUCGUGCCAGAGAUGUACGCCGUGCAAGCCGACAAGGUCAACAAGGAGUGCGAGAUGCCGCACACCCAACCACGCAUGCCCAUCGGCCAAAUUCCGUUCGUGUGGGCGCAGUCAUUGUACAUCGUGGGUCGCCUCAUGUACGACGAACUUAUCACGCCAGGAGAGAUGGAUCCGCUGAACCGCCGCCUAUGCAUGCUCAAGCGGCCAGACGUAGUUGUGCAGGUGGUUCUGCUGGCCGAAAACUCAACUCUGCGCGAUAUGUUUGCCGAGUUUUGCCCCAGCAUACAAAAAUUGAGUGAAGUGCAACCAAUCGAAGUACAACCAGGAGGGGUGCUAGGGCAGCUAUAUUCUCAUCUGGGCCAAAACCGAAAAAUGGGUCUCUCUGGCCGCAGCGGCACGGACGUUGGCCUUCUGGCCACCAGUAAGAUCUACAGCCUCCAGGACCACCUGUUUGUCUUCACGCCGCAGAACCUGGACAGUGAGGUGUUCCACCUCGUCAACGAUGUUGACCUGUUCGUCAGCACACUGCGCUCGGACCUAGUUGUGCUACGUUCCCAGUGGCACAUCCAGGGGCGGCCCACCAUGGUUCUCAUACUGAGACAGCGACACUUGGUGCACAACAAGCCACCGCCCUCGCUGCGUCAGACGAUCAGGAAACUGGCGUCCGGCUACAUCAACGGGACGCGCGUUUGCCUGGGCAGCCUGGCCGACUUCAUGAGCACCUCGUGCUUCGCCAGCCUGGAUUUUCUCUGCAACUACGAAGACGGCGAUGCCGAAAACUUGCCCAUCUCCGUCCAGGAUUACCUGGACAAGACGAUCAGUAACGCCGACCUUCAUCUCUCUUCGAGCCAUCUUCUCUCGGGAACGUCGAGCGUCAGGGCGCACCGGAAGCUCGCUGUUGCCGGCAUUAUCAAGCGCAGUCGUUCCAUAGCGGUUCACGACAACGUGACAGCCGACUUCAUGAGCCCGCCCGGACUAUUCUCGCCGGAACAAGGAUCGAUGAUGCCUUCGCCCGCCAUGUCCCGCCGCGUCUCUCUCGAAGGAGAGCCGGUGCCGUUUGUCGACGCCACUACCGAACUCGAGCUGGACAAGGUGACUGAGGAGGAGCUGGUGAACACGCUGCGCGAUAGCGAAUCUCUUGAAGAACAGGGGGACAUCCUCCACUACCUGGCCAUGCGUAAGGGCCUCGCCUGGGACACCGGCCUCGGCAAGCCGCACUCAGUGAUCACUGUGCGGGACCUGUUCCAGGAGAUUUACCAGCGCGCCUGCGAGGAACACCAGUGGGGUCUCGUGCGACACUUCGCCAGUUAUCUCGGCAAGCGCGUCGAGGACCUGGCGAAGACCGUCACAGACCUGCUGGUGCGUCAGAAGCAGGUGACCGUGGGUAUGCCACCCAACAACGAAGAGGUGAUCACUCGGCCCCUGUCCACCAACGAACUGCGGACAAUCAUCAUGCGGGUCCACAAGGGCGACCAGAGCACGGCCAUGCUGACCCAGGAGAUUCUCGCGUACCUGGCCCUGUUCAUACGCAGCAACCCGGCACCAUUCCGCGAGAUGCAACGCCUCCGCGUAGGACUCAUCAUCCAGGUGAUGGCGUGGGAGAUGGCUCGCACUUCGCAGCGGAAAGCUACGGACGCGGUCGACGCGCUGCUGAACCUGAGCCCGUUCAGCAUGCAGUCGCUGCUGUUGAACAUCAUCAGCGGCACGGAGCCAGACAACGCGUCCCGCGUGCUCUCGACGGUCCCUGGCUCCACCCCUGGCGUUUUCGCCUCCAAGCGCAGCGAGGCCGAGGUCUUCCUGCACCUGGACAUCGAAGAGACGUCGCCUGACGGGGAGCAGGCGACACAGGGCCUGUGGAUGCGUCGCCGUCGGCUGGACGGCACGCUGAACCGAGUACCCGAGGACUUCUACACACGCGUCUGGGGUAUCCUGGAGCGCUGCCCGGGUGUGUGGGUGCGCGGGUACUGCCUGCACGUGAACCUCACAAAGGAGAUGACGGCGGGCGAGAUCAAGUUCGCAUUACGUGUCGAAGAGAUGCUGAACAAGGUUCCGGAACCCGAGUACCGGCAGCUGCUGGUCGAGGCGCUAAUGGUGAUCAGCCUGGCCGUGGAGAACGACGUGGUGAGCGAAUUCCAGGCGCCCAUCGACGUCGAGUCCGUGGUUCAGCGCGCCCACGGCUUCUUCCUCGAGGACCAAAUCUCCUGCAAGGGCGACGCGUCGCUCUGCUGCGCAACCGACACCAACCGUCCCAUCGCGACUUGCCAGCAGGCCGUCGGCAUCUGCCAGCACUUCUACGACUCGGCGCCCAGUGGGUGCUACGGCACCAUGACCUACCUGCUCCGAGCCGCCGCCUGCUCGGUUCCAGACCUCAAUGUCUCCAUGGUCGACUGCAUGCCCUCGUGACUCGAUUGCGGGCGUCUUACGAUCGUCGUCGUCGUCGUGUCCUUUUUUUUUCUGGCAACCUCACAUUUGGCGUGAUUCGGUAAAUUACACGCGCGGCGUUCUAUCACUGG